AUGGAAACGAGACGCUCAAAUCGUAUAAAACGACAGAUCGAAAAUGGAGAAAACACAGCUUGUGAAUUCGAAGAAAUUAAUAGAGGAAAAAAUAGAGCGCUAAAACGAAACCAGCAGGUCAGUAAACAGCUCAGCAAAACAUUUAAGAAGGAAAAAUCGCAGAUAGUAGAAUCGAAGGUAUGCUACACAUUUCAAUUAGCUUCAAAUGUUUCAGUUUUAGAAAGUCGCAUCGCAUUCCAAGAAAACGAAACCAAUGAAUGAACCAAAAAAUUUCAAAGGUGAACAGUCCACAAUACUUCGUAAGUCCUCUUUCGGAAGUUUGACCUCAAUGGCAAACUUCAGUUCGUCCACGCCGCUCAGUAACUUCAAAAAAUCCUUCUUACUUGCAAAACAAAGAGGAUAAUAUGAUAGAAAUUUCAUCUUCCUCGUCUUCUGUCAGCGAUUCGGACUCGGAUAUGGAAUCGCGUCGUUUUCGAAAAAUCGAAAAGCAUCGUUUAGGGAAAAGACGAUCGAACAGUGCGUCAGGUCCUUCAACCUCUUCACAAAAUUUCUCAAGAAAGCGUUCCAAAACGCAACAAGAAAGUUUAUCUGUAGACAGCUACGAGUCGAUCUCAGACUGUCAAGAAGAACAGAAACAUGAACCGAUAAAAAAAGAAAAGAGUCAAUGCAGAAAAACUAAAAAUAUAAGAAGUUUGGCUGAUUCAAAUGAUGUUAACUGUAAGUGAUUCGAAAGUAUAUGAGUUUCCAUUCUCAAUUUUAGGGCCAAGGUGUCGUCCAGCUUCAAUCGCUCGUAAAACCGGUAAUCCUGCUGGAAGUAAGGUUGUCAAAAGCGGUCUCCGAAUAGCAGCAAAACAGAAGCCACAACAGCCAUGGAAAAAAAAUCUUGCUAAUUAUGAAGCAGAUCGUAAAUUUGCAAAAGGAGAGAGAAGAAUGAAAGAGUAUAUAACAGUGGCAGCUGCAUAUGCACUCGGAAAAAUUGAAGAAGUUAGCUAUGAUGAGUGUUACAAGGUGAGUAACUAUCAUGUUAUGAUCAGUGAAGAUCAUCCGAGAUAUAGAGCAAGUUACGGAUCUUAACUUUUCUCGGGCCCUUGUGUAUUGCUCAGUUUGCCCAUCCCAAAUCGUUUUCGUUGUUUCGCUUUCACCGCCGAUCGCCGCCUAAAAACCGCACUUCUCAUUUUGCGCAUUCUCGACCGUUUUCAGACAGAAUUGGUUUUGAGAAUGAUAAAUCACGUAAAUACAGGCAUUUUGAGCGCUCGAACCGCGAAAAUUACCGAAAAGCAACUGAAAUUCACGCAGUUUUAGCCAAAAACCUUCAAACGGAUAAAUGUGAUUUGCGACUUGACCAAAUUUAAUGCUCUUGCGCUUAAAAAAUUUGUAAUAGCCUAUACAAUCGGUCUAUCGAGAGACAAAUGAGAAAUUAUCGGUUUUUCGUGGCUAAUCUGGCAAAAAACACAAAUUUUGCUGUUAAAAUUUGAAUUUCGCGCCAAUGUAUCGCUCUAUUGGGCGGGGCGCACUUGCGCCCAUUGUCAGCUCUGGAGACCGCCCCUAUUUUCUAAAACGAAAAUAGUUGUGACGGAGAAAUUAAAAAACGGAAACGUGAACUUGAAAAUGUUUUUAGAAUCAAAAAAGCGCAUUAGAGCGUUAGCACAUCGUGCCCAGGUCCCGAAUGUUUUGAUGUUUUGGGUAUUUGUAGAUACACGAAGAAAUGAAGAGAGCAUACCACGAGGGUCGAAAAAUUAUAGAAGCUCUUGAAAAGAAAGAGAAAGACGAAAGGAAACUAAAAGAAAACGAUUCUUCUUCCGAUGAUGAAUGGGAGGAAAUGGAUCAUUUUCACCCCAUUAUCGACGAAAAAAUCGAACUUACAUUAGAAGAUGAAGAAGAAGUUGAAAAAGAUUGGUGGGUAGUGUAUCUGAGACAAGAGAUUAACAAAUUAAUUCGACAAACUUGGGAAAAUACUCACAAGGUGAGUGAUUUACACAAGAAGGCGAGAUCUCAAAACUAUCUAGGUGCAUCUUCUCUGCUUUAUGAUCCAUCUGAAAUCUGUCGUGAAGCACUCGUUAGACGAAGGACUAGUGCCGUCUCUGAUGGUGUCUCAAAUACCAUCCGGCUAUCUGAAGUAUACCGGCAAACCAAUCCCAGUUGAUGUGCUUCAAAAUUUAGUCAAAUGGUUUGCGGAUGCUUUCCGACCAUUGAACGGAGGUAUCACAAUAGCCGCAAUUCAAGAUGACCUACACGAAGGUCAUCAUGCUCGAUAUCCUGCCACUCGCCGGUGAUUAUUCUUUGGGAUAUUUCUUCAAUUUUUUUUUCAGAUUAACCGCUCUUGUAGGAUUGAAACGUUUCGAAACUGAUUUAGAUCGAGCCACCGUAAGAAAAGUCUUGAAAUAGAACAUAUUAUUUUUUACAGAUGCUUUUCUGUAUUCUGUGUGGUCUAGAGGCAAUUGUGAGAAUCUGCGUUAACGCUCGCUCAAUUCAACGUAGAUGGGAUUCGAAGCAGCAAGCGGAACUGCAAGAAGGAAUUAAUAGAUUCCGCGGUCUCAGUCAGGAUAGAAUCGUAACGCUAGCCUCUGAUUGUCCGCCUAGCAGUGCGGAGGAUGAAGCAGAACUAAAAAAAUGCAGCAAAAAGGCUGGCAACGCGAAAUCUAAAGGAAACCAUGAAGAAAGGAACUAUUGGGUGGAGUAUUGGCAACCACAGGAGAAAAACUGGAUUUGUGAGUUUUCAAUCAUGUGUAGGGACAAAAAAGUGAUUAAAAACUUGCGAAUUUUGAAAAAAACAAGAUUUCAUUAAACAACGACAUUUUUUAGCUCUUCAACUGGAAGGCUUCUGGACUUCAGAAUCUAGAGUUCCGAAACUUUGAAAGAAGUCGGAUUUGCACUUUUUAGAGACACAAAACUUCCGGGUUUCAGAAUUUGUCUAGAAUUAGCGCAAUUGUAUAAUUGCUAAACCGCAUUUCACCUGUGUUAAGGCGCGCCUGCGGCGCACGCGGUGCCGGUUCGGUUUUGUUCGGUCCGUCUUUUUUUCUGCUGCCCUCGCUGAACAUCCAAAAAGAAAGACAGACAGACAGACAGACAGACGCCACUUGUAAUACGCAUAAAAAAUUUUGGCCCGGUUGCUCUUCUCUAAAAAAAGUUAUAGCGGAAAAACCAAAAGGGGAUAUUUCAGUGGCCGCUACUGUAUAUAUAAGGAAGAUGUUUGACAGUACGGUACUACAGUAGUGUUGAGCGGAAUUCCGUCUGCCGUCUUCCGUCUUCCGUCUUCAGUGGAUUGUUUUGUUCCGUCUGCAGUCUUCCGGGAAAAAAGUUUUCUUUCGUCUGCCGUCUGCUGUCUUCCGGAUUUCAAAAUUCCAUUUCCGCUCAACUCUGUUCUACAGUAAUGAUCACUGAGUGAUCCUGGGAAGGGGCGGAGCCAGAUGACACUAAUUUUAAAAGUCUACAGUCCAGGUACCCACUGUACCCUAUGCCAAUCAAAUCGGGGCACGAUGAGUUUUUCGUGCCAGGCUUUCCUCGGGUCUCUCAGAAAUCGUCUCUUAACACAUAAUUUACGUUGAGUAUGGUAGAGAACGUUUGUCGGACUUCUUCGGCAACACACACAGUACAAUUUAAAAAAAAAAUCUUUGCGAUUUAGUGAGUCCGUGACAAAAGGUCGGAAAACCAAAAAGGUCGGAAAACCAAAAAGGUCGGAAGACAAAAGGUCGGAAAGCCAAAAGGUCGGAAAAAAAUGCCAAAAGAUCGGAAAAAAAUGACAAAAGGUCGGAAAAAAGUGACAAAAGGUCGGAAAAAAUGCCAAAAGGUCGGAAAAAAUUACAAAAAGCCAGAAAACAGGUAUUUUAGCAGUUUUUCCGACCUUUUGGCAUUUUUUUCCGAUCUUUUGGCAUUUUUUUCCGAUCUUUUGGCAUUUUUUUCCGAUCUUUUGGCAUUUUUUUCCGACCUUCUGUCCCUUUUUUCCGACCUUUUGUCACUUUUUUCCGACCUUUUGUCACUUUUUUCCGACCUUUUGUCACUUUUUUCCGACCUUUUGGCUUUCCGACCUUUUGUCUUCCGACCUUUUUGGUUUUCCGACCUUUGGUCACGGACUCGAUUUAGUGUAUAAUCUAACAAUAAGAUUAACGAACUGUGUGAAACUCAAAACAUACGUUCAGAAAAACUUGAAAGCUUGUUGUCGGUGCAGUUACAGUGUUCAGGUAUCGAUCCGUUGCGUAGAACUGUUGAUGAACCUCUUACAAUUCACAAUAACGCCGGAUGCCCGAUUUCUUAUGUUUUUGCGAUUGAUAACGGUCAGUUUCGGUAUAUUUCGUUACACGAUAAUGUAGCUAUCAUUUAGAACAAGGCAUCUCCGAAGUUUCUCAGCGUUAUGCGAUGGACUGCGUCAAACAAGAAUUUCGUCGUCGCAGGACUGACACCAAAUGGGUUUCCUCAACUUUGGCACUGCCUGCCUUCAAAGCCAACGAGGAGAGGAAGAAAUUUGAGCAAAUGCAAAUGCGUGAAGAUCUAGUCAGGCGACCUCUUCCGACUACAAUGUCGGAGUAUAAAAAUCAUCCACUGUGAGCCUAUUUUUGUUUUAGAUGAUUCUGAAACAACUUUUUUCCAGGUAUGUUUUGGAGAAAGAUCUCUUGAAGUUUGAAGCUAUUUAUCCACCUCCAGCGCAACAGAAGGCACUGGGACAACUUCGUGGGCAUAACGUGUAUCCCCGAUCCACAGUUUUCACUUUGCAAGGAGAGAAUAACUGGCUCAAGCUAGCUCGAAGUGUGAAAAUUGACGAGAAACCAUACAAAGUUGUUAAGGCAAGGCCCGAUCCCAGAAUUCCAGCAGAGGAGCGCGUGGAUCAAUUUUUGGACGUAUAUGGAUAUUGGCAAACGGAACCUUUCAGACGUCCUCAACUCGAAAAUGUACUUGUUACAAUAGAAUCACAAAACAAUCAAUGAAAACGUUCAGGGUAAAAUUCCCCAUAACGAAUAUGGCAAUGUUUACAUGUUCAACGAUAGCAUGUGUCCUCUUGAUUGUGUUCAUUUAAAGCUUCCUGGUCUGAUUCAAAUUUCUAGAAAAUUGAACAGGCAGUGUGUUCAAGCUGUAGUUGGAUGGGCGUUCGAUGGAGGAUGGACCCACCCCGUGUAUAUUCUUCAAUCUAACAUUAUCAAGGUUUUCUGUAUAUUUCAGAAUGGAUGGCGCUAUUGUUCUUCAAAAAGAUGCAGAAGAGUUUACGAGGGAGUGGGAGAAAGCCAAUAGUGGUAGGGAAGAGAAAGAGGAUAAAGUGACGCUAGAAUGGUGUUACUGAUUAUUUCAAUUUUAAUUUCAGAAGCGAGUUGAAAGAGUUUAUGAUUAUUGGAGACGAAUGAUCAAAGGAGUGAUUCGCCUGUCUUACGUUCGAAAGCAAUUUGGAGCGAGAGGGAAAUUCGCGACAAAUCGAGAAACGCUCUCAAAUUGCGCUGUGUACAAUCCAGAUGCCCGUCAGGAAGGUAUUGUUAUCAUUGAUAACAGCUCCCAACCAGAUUCUCUGCAAGGAUUCUCACUUGACGAUUUCAUCGCAAGUAAAUGA